CCUAUGUUUAGUUUAAACUAUUGAAUUGGUUCAUUUUAAUUUAUCACAAAGAUAAUACUAUCAAAAUAAUAUAAAAAAUUUAAUGAACCGCGACGGAUAUAAGCAUACGGGUGAUUCAGAUACGAAAAAUGGACACUAUUCGGCGACCCGUACGGUGGGUGUAAGUCACAGGUGAACUGGUUUACAUAGUCGUCUACGUGUCUCGAUGUUUUGAUUCUUCUGACAUGUCCUAUCCACCGACUGCCGGACAACACGAACAUAGUGUUAUCGUCAACACUAACGAGUUCGAUGGUGGGCAACUAAAAAUCACGACAAAUAUUGUCCUAAUUCACAAUAAAUGAAUAGUGCGCUAUUAUAGGCACAAGGUAUGGAACAAACAGUCGAACAGUACACUAAUAAGGAAUCGAAGCAACGAAUUCGCACACGAACUAUUGAGAAACAGAUAUUGCUUGUUAGUACGUUGGAAAGCAACACAACGCAAUAUCAACGAUUAACAGUCGACAGUGUCAUGAUAAAUGUAGAUGUUGAGUACUUAGGCUCUAGACCUUCAUUAAGUGGAUCUGCAUUGCGUUGUCCAUAUGAGUUAUGGUGUUAUCAUUUCCACUGGGGCACACAAAAUGACAAUGGUAGUGAACAUAGAAUAAUGCAACAAGGAUUUCCAAUGGAAAUACAUCUUCUUUUUUAUAAUAUAUGCUACAAAAGUACAGAAGAAGCUAUGAAAGCCAAAGAUGGUUUACUGGUGCUUGUUUAUAUGUGCAUGCUAGUUAGCGAUGACAAUAAAACUUUAAACAUUAUAACAAAUAAAAUUAAAAAAAUUAAUCAACCUGGUCAAUCAGUUGAAAUUAAUUCAUUUCCUUUAAGCGAUUUAUUUGAUAAUAAUUUCCAAAAAUACUUAAUGUACUGGGGAUCUAAAGAAAAUGAUCCGUCUAAUCCAGCUUUGUGGUUAAUUUCUUCAAAACCAGUGCAUAUCAGUGAAAAACAAGUUCGUAAAGUAUUAAAACUCUUAAAAAAUUAA